CUUUAGACAAAGACCACAAAAAGAAGGAAGAUAAUCCUCUAAAUAAGUUAGGGAGAAGCUGAGAAGGGGGAUGAGGUUAGGUGUUCAUUAGCAGGGAAGCUUUCAGGGAAAAGAACCACAUCCUAUGCAGUGUAAGUAAAAGUAGGACUUGAUUAGAUUAGCUCAUGGAAGUGAAAUCCAGGCUAAUCUUGCUUGGCUCCAGGCAGGGCUGGAUCCAGGGCUCAAAAGAUGUGGAAUGGAAGAGCCCCUACCUCUACCUGGUAGACAAAUUCUCUCCAUGUGGUCAGCAGGAUUCACACUCUUUAAGCUCAGGGACUCAGGAGAAAGCCUUUUCUGAGAACCCAGAUUUCAAAGAAGUCUCUGGCUUGACGUGGGUCACUGGUCCAACUCUCUCCCAGUUGCUGGGGUCUCAGAGAAAUUGGGGUGCAUGGGGAAGGGUCAGCUGACUGAACCACAGGGGUGGGUUCACCACCACCAAGAGGAGUUUUGCUCCCAGCAGACAGGGCAAAGGAUGCUGGGUAGGCAAGAGGAACACAGCCAGCCACAGCAGGUAGUGCGGUGCCUAACCUCCCACCCCAUCUGCCAUCGCCUCACGGGCAUGCAUGCCUUCUGUUUCAGCUUGACACCAGCCCCCUGAGCCAACAGGACCCCCUGAGGUGAUAGUGGAGCCAUGUGACCACACGAGUUCCUGGAAACCCCAUCUUACAGCAGUCAGUUGUCAAGAGGACUGAAUGUAGACAGUUGCUUUGUUCCAAGGGGUUUGGAGCUAUGACAGAAUUCAUUGAAUACAAGGUCAGCAGAGUGAAGGGUGGAGUGACAGUAUUUCCCAGGCAGUAUUAAAUGAAUGCAGCCACCGGAACAUUUGGGAUCCGGCUAUAGAUGGAGUCUGACGCUGGGUGGGUCCCGGUGGAAGAGCUGUGACUUCACUCCACUAACAUGCUGACCUGCUAUAUUGAGCUACUCGUACAGAUUUCAUUUCCAGCGUCCUUCCCAUGUGCUGUGUGUGGGCUUCAGUUCAACAGAUUAUCAUUCUUUCUCCCUGAUAGAGAAAUCUCACGCACACUUUGAGAGAAUUGUUUAUUUACAGUAGGAAUCAGCACACAUCCUGCAUUUGCUACGCCUGCUCCAAAGACUCCUGGGUGAGGAGGCACACGGAGCCAGGGCAGGCACCAGUGGCAAGGACAAGCACAGAUUACUAGAAUGCUUUAGAAAGCCCUUUCUGCUUCAGAUAAGUGGCUAAUUAAAUUUGGGGUUGGCUAUUGGAAAAGUGCCAAUUAUGGAAACGAGCAUCUGUUGAUCACACUUCGCUUUCAGACGUUUGGCUCCUUACUAGAAUGCUGCUGGAGAGAGAGCAGGGAACCGCUGCUAGCACCACGAAAGGAAAACAUGAAGCAAACUUUCCUGCUGUGUGGGGCAGACCCAACAGGCAAAUCCACUUUGCCAGCAGUAAUCCCACAGUCCAGUCGAAUGUUUCUACACUGCGCUGGGCGUGGGCAGCGGUGACUCACCAGGAGAGAGGACAUGGUGGCACGUCCAAGGUGCUGCGGGAUGACGGAGGAACUUCGCAUUUGGGCUUCCUGCCAUUUUGUUCCUUCCCUUGUUCUCUGUCGGAUGUUUGCUUGGCUCCUUGUUCCCAAGGAGAACCAGUCAGAUCCUUGAACAGAAAUGGCAGAGUUGAAACGGACAGUAUCAAGAUGCUAUCUAUUCCUCCCGCGGCCUGUGGCACUAUUCUUCCUCAGAUGAGGGAGGAGAUGCCUCCAAAUGGAUUAUGUGCUCUGAGCCCACCACCGGUAGAGACAGAGGCCCAGCUGCCACUCUGCAGGGUCAGCUUCUGGUUAGAGACAGGACUACCCCAGCCAAGCUGCCCUCUUGACAAGAACUACUUUCUUGGCUGGCUGGAUGAUUGGUUCCAAACAAGCCUUCCCUUUGUCCCGGAGAGACUAUAUAUCUGUUUCCCAAGGUUGUAAGCCUUUCAGACAUGCUUGAGAAGAUAUCGGGAAACAAAAGACCGUCAGGGCCCCUGCUUGAGAGGUAAACAGAAAUCUGAGACCAUGGAGAAUCUUCUCCCAACAAUAGCCUCCUUGGGGGCUUCUGCCUGUAUGUUACUGGCCAGAACUGUGUCGUAUGGCCACCUCUACCUUCAAGGGAGGCUCUGAAAUUGAGUCUUUGGGGUUGGGCACAUUACUGCUCUAAAUAAAAUUGUGGUUCUGUCAGUAAGAAAAGGCAAGCGAGGGAUGGAGCUUCACAAGAGCAAGGCAAAAACUAUGUCCAGGGGUUUUCCUCUGCAUAGCCAAUGUCUUUCCCCUGUUGCUUAACAGACCUUUUGACACUGUGCUUAUUGAUCCUGCCAGAAAUAAUUUAUACAACUGAGACAUAAGAAAACCCCCCGGUCAACCACCAUUUUACAAAUCUCAAAUAAGCUAUCGGUCGUUUAGUGCAGAACUUUAAUGUCACAAUUGUGUAAUAUCUAAGUGUACAAGCCCAUAAUUCCUUAGAAUUCUUCCCAUUUUAAAAAAAUCCUUAUUAGUUAUUUUGACAAGCCAUUUUGUGGAGGGGGUGAAUAAAUAUUCGUUUAACUUAAGAAAAUGUUUGUGUCAUGAAAUUUCCCCCCAUCUUUGAGUAUCUAUUGCUUAAAGAACACAUCCUACUUUGUGAACAGAUAGGUGUUUAGUAAGAGGUUUAUAAAUAUACUUUUUUUGGUUUCAUUUAUUUUAAGAGGCUUUUUUCACCUCAUGACAGUCAUUUGGGGCUGACAAUGUUGCCAUGGUAACCAUGCUCCAAAAUGCUGGUUGCCAGUGAAUAUUGAUCCUUAGCACCUCAGCAUCUUUUACGACAGUGCUCGCUCCCUUACGCGAAGGAGGCUUUGCUCAGAGCACAUGUGGGUCGAGUCUACACUCGGUGGUGGUUAGGUACUACCCCAGAAAUCUACUGGAUUUUUUUCCCAGGAACCAGUCUAAGGAUCCCAGUAAGAAUCCAGGCCUGCCCCACAUCACUGGGGCUUGUAUUUUCACUCUAACAGAUGGAGGGUGAAACUUCUUUGUUUCCUCUUCGGUUGUGUUGUUCCUGAGUUUAGCUCAGUCAGUGCAGCACAGGAGGCAUUUGAGGGAAAAUUUUGGAUGUGAAUGGACAUGCCUUCCCCAGAGGCAAAGAAAUUUGUAAACUACUUUUCCAAAGCUCAUACUAUAUGUUUUUGAAAUAAAAAUGCUUCUCUCCGGAAAAGGAGGGCGAUGUUUUGACCUGGGCAGCACACUGGGGCUUCAGGAUGGAGCCAAAUCCGAGUUUAGGGGUGUCGUGGAGGUGCAGGGAUCUCAGGGCAAAUUGCAGAUGGAGUUUGCCCUUCUUCUCCAUAAAUGGGGGGGGCAGCCCCCUUUCAGCAAGGUUUCGUGCAUGAGAAAGGGGAGGCUUGUUAGAAAAGGGCAGCUUUGAAACUUAAUUCUCUCUGCCAAGAGCUUAUGGACUGUCUUCAACAUGCAUGAAAAUAUGUUCAGCGCGGUGACCAGAGAAGCCAAAACGAGGCCUCCACAGACCUAAUUUGGCAUCAGUUUAUCUCCACGUGAGAAGAUCUGGAUGCGCUUAUUUUCCUCUCUGCUGUAACUGAGAGAAAAACUAACAGAAACCCUGCAAAGGUUCACUGAGACAGCAGUCAGUCACAAAAAAGGAAUUUGAACCAAGAUAACGUUAGUUACAUUUUAUCCACGUGUUCCUGAAGCCUGAGCCCUACCAGUCCAACAGACCCGAUUCUGCCUUUUGCCAUUGCGGUAAAACUUUACCACGUGGGCAGAGACUUUGUGUAACUCAGAGACCCUCACACAC